AGAAGAACCAGCCAGUAGAUUUCCAAUAGUCAUAUCAAAAUAAAUAAGUGACCAAUGGUAAGCUACAAUGCCUUUGCGAGCUCAUACAAUAAUAAACAUUAUAUUGGACAAUUGAAACUGUUCAAUUAUAUUAAAAUUUACAGGGGAUGUUAAUAAAAAUUCUCAAAAGGUUUUCAGUGGGGAACAAGCCUGCGACUAUAUUGUUAUCUAGGAGAGACCUUAUAAUUGCUGUUUUUGAAAAAGUAAUUUUAAAGCCUAGGCCUAAGUAGACUUCAUAUACAAUUCAUCAGUCAUGCAUUUUAAUCUGCUAUCCCAUAUCCUAAAUAUAUUAUAAUCUUUUCCCUGCACAACUCCACUACGUUCAAGACUUGACAUGUGAUACUUUUAACAAAAAAAGUGUAGAUUUAAAAAAAAAAAAAACUGUAAUUAAUAAUAAUUUAAAAAUGUUCCAUAAAUCCAUAGUACGUAUUGCUGUUUUUCAAAUGAAGAAAUAAUGCUUUAUUGCUAUAUUUGCAUAAUUUUAUACUUCUGUAUUAAAUAACAACAUUUGAUUGCUUCUUUAUAUGUUAGACAUAAUUAGACAUGAAUUAAUAAGAGAGGUCACGUGACAUCACGUUACGUAGGAGUUUAUGGCGGGAGAUGGCGUUCGCGAGAGUGACGGACAGUUAAAACGUCGGUUGAGAUACUAAUUUUUGGCUUGUAACUGGUAACUGGUCUGUUAUAAUCAUCAUGGCAAGUGAACAGAAACUGCGCCCCGUCCAGAGCUGUCAGAUGUUGCCGGAUGUGGUGUCCACCGAACAGCAGUCGCUGGUGCUUGUGAAAAAACUUAUAGCCAUUGCUGUCUCAAGCAUCACUUACCUCAGGGGUCUUUUCCCAGAAAAGGCUUAUGGACCCAAAUAUGUUGGAGAGCUGAAAGUCCUGAUACUGCGAGAGCAUAGCUGCCCUGGUGCUCAGCAGAUUGUGCAGUGGUUGCAGGGAUGUUUUGAUGCACUUCAAAGAAGAUAUCUGCGCAUGGUUCUUCUAUCAAUUUACUGUGAUCCAGACAAUCCACAGAAAGUGACUGAAUGUUACCAGUUUAAAAUCAAAUACACAGAGAAAGGACCUCAGAUGGACUUUGAGAGCAAAAAUGGGCAGAGCCUGACUAAAAUGGCCUGUGACAACACCCAGAAAUCCAGUAUGCUGCUGGUGCGCAAACUUUACAUGCUGAUGCAAAAUCUCGGCCCACUGCCUGACGACGUCUGCCUCAACAUGAAACUCUUCUACUAUGAUGAGGUGACCCCUCAGGAGUAUCAGCCACCUGGCUUUAAGGAUGAUGACAACAGGACAGUGAUAUUUGAGAGGGAACCAGUAAAUCUGACCAUGGGAGAGGUGGUCACACCUUUUCAUAGCCUCAGGAUGAAUGUCACCACUGAGCGGAAGAGACUUGAUCCGCCUGAUGAUGAUGAUGUGGAAGUAUGUGUGAGUACAAAAUGGUCUUUGAAAAUGUUUGAGGAUGGGACGAUGUCUGAAACUUCAGUUCAGCAGGAGUGUAUGACAAAGGAGAAUGUCAUCACUGAUGCUGGCAUUGAAUACUCAGAAACUCAGGAGAACUCACAACAGACUCACAGAAACAGCAAGGAGGAUCUUACAACAGGUGCAAAGAUUGACAAUCUGGUAAAGAAAACUGCUGACCUUAACGUGGACGCUAGGAAGACCAGGAGUGGACGCAUCUUUGAGCCUCAGAUCUCUCAGUUAGAGUUCCCGCUAAGCCAAGAUCCCCAGCCAUCUGCCCCAAAGAGGCGCAAAGUCAGUGUACCCAAAUAACACUGUGACUAGUACACUCACAGUUUUUCCAGUACAGUCACACAGCAACAAACUGACACAUGCUGCAUCCUGUUUAAUGUCUUUUGGUUUUGGUUUGAUUCAUUUAGUUGCAGAAAUGCUUUGUAAAACAAGUUCUAUAGUUCAAGGGCAUACGGUAACAUGAUGAGUGCACUAAGGAGUUUUAAAUUGUGUACUUUGUUAUGUAUGUUAAUAUUUUAUGAGAUAUAUUUGAAUAGUCACAAUUUGCUUUCAGUGCCAGGAAAUUUUAGUAGCAUUGCUGGAUUUUGGUCACUGCUGCCAAAGUACCAUGUACAUAUUUAGUUAGUCCACUAGAGGGCAGCAUGCACAUUGCCUGUGUGUUUGUAUCAAAACAGGGAUUCCAAUAAAAACAUGCCUUUACUUUGA